ACGCUCACUACCUGACAACAUGAAGCUGAUCGUGAUCUUGGCUAUAGUGGCUGUGGCAGUGGCCGACAAGCUACCUGCCUCUCCUGUACUCAUCCUCCACAGUCAACAGACCAACCCAGACGCUGCUGGUGCCCACAGUGCUGGAUUUGAGAGCGAGGACGGCAUUAAAGUUCAGGUUUCUGGUUCUCAGGGUCCCUCUGGAGGUUCCAACUUAAUUGGUUCAUAUAGCUACCCCCUGGAGGAUGGCAGUAUUGCAUCAGUAAAUUAUGUGGCUGACGAGAACGGCUACCAACCACAGUCCGACCUGCUUCCCGUGGCUCCUGAAUUCCCCCACGAAAUCCCUGAGUUCGUCCUCGAACAGAUCGCCUUCGCCGAGGAGGAGAGGAAGCGCAAGGAACGAGAGGGAUGAUUAUGAAAUCAAUAAUUGUCGAUGAAAUUCGUAGCCAUCUUGAAAGGGAUAAAUUGUUUAAUGAAUCUCGACACGGUUUUGAGUAGGGGCAUUCCUGCCUAACGAAUUUGCAAUCUUUUUUUCACUAAGGUAUUUGAGGAGGUGGAUCAUGUUAGUUUAAGAAGCAUUUAAAUUUUUCAUGCUCUACGAAUCUAUUGUUAAAGUACAUUUUUCUCUUCAUCUGAACUUUCUCUAUGUACAGACAUCACAAUGCCCAGUGUCAUUCAUAUUUAUACAUGUAUUUAUAAACACUGAAUUUCCAUGUAAAUAAAGCAUCUGCAAAUUAUGAUUACUUU